AUGCUCCUCCUAUUACUUGGACUGCUGCUAAGCAUCAGUAACGCGCAGUCUCUUACGGGGGGCUAUAACCCUUCGAUAGCAGAUCCUACUCAGUCGUGCUUGAAGCGGAGUGUGUUUGUCUACACGUCGGCAUCGUCCACGUACAUGGUCACGGAUCUUGGAUCAGCCUCUCCUUCGAGCUGUAGCAAUACUGUCACUCUUACCUCAACAUCCAUCUCGACUGUGACAGUUUUCUCCGACGGGGCCAAUCAGACCAUCACUUCUUCGCUUCCAGCGUCUACAAUCACCAUCUUGCAACCAGCCGCAUCGAGCUUGCCCAUUACGAAUCAGACCAUCGAUUUUGAUGCCGGCUCUCCAAACUACGAGACAGCAUCUUCGGGGCCACAGGUCAGCGCCGAUGUAGUCAGUGCGGGACCGUUACUGCCCAACAGUGGUGAUAACUAUCUUUUGAUCACAUUCAGUGGAGGAGAAGGAGCCACGAGAGCUUUCAAACGACAAGCCAAUCAACCACAAUCCUACAAUGUCACCCAGCCGUUUCCCGCAUCUGCGGGUAGGGUACAUCGUAUACACUCAGCGCCUACGCUUCCAGUGCUCAAAAUGGGAACACUGCACCGGAAUGUACAAUCACGAUAUGCGCGGACAAUGACUGCAGUCCAGCUCGGCCUGUGA